CCACACGCUCCACGGCUGGGGAUCACGCUGUCACGCUCACGCGCCCCUCCCCCCGCCGCCAACGCCCACGCUGCGAGCGCGAAUCCAUCUUCUCUACCUCCUCGUCCAUUCCUAGGGUUCCUCCUCUGCCGAAUCGCGGGGAACUCUGCGGGCCCAAUUUGGUAGGGUAAUCUCCUACCAGGAGGUCAAAUUCCAGUCAACGCCGCUUGGUUUUGUAGCCGACCGGUCGAUUUGAAUCCAGGGGCACCGAUUGGCUGGGUGAGAGGGCAGGCUCGAUUUGAACCCGCCUCUGCCCUUUUCGUGGAAGUUUUGGGUCUUAUUAGGCGCGGAUUACUGGGGUCUAGGGAUGUGGUAGUUACUAGCUGCUUGGGUUAGGCGGCGCGCCGAGGUGCUUCCGUGCUUGGCUGACUAGUGUCAAUGGCGGGAUCUGUCGGCAAGGCCAGGGCGGCGCUGCGGUCGUCCCCGAAGCGGUACAGCGGCACGGACCCACCGUUGUCUCUGGCGGGGCCGACGUUGGCGGAUCUGCAGAGGACGGCCGAGCUGGAGAAGUUCUUGGUUGAAGCGGGCCUCUAUGAGGGUAAAGAGGAGUCCGCGAAGCGGGAAGAUGUGCUAUCCGAGAUUGGUCUGAUAGUCAAGGAAUGGGUGAAGCAGUUGACUCGUAAGAAAGGAUAUGCUGAGCAAUUGGUUGAACAAGCAAAUGCAAUCCUUUUUACUUUUGGGUCUUACAGAUUGGGGGUUCAUGGACCUGGAGCUGAUAUUGAUACCCUUUGUGUUGGACCUUCAUAUGUGAACCGAGAGGAGGAUUUCUUUGUCACACUGCAUGGCAUAUUAGCUGAGAAGGAAGAAGUUGCUGAGUUGCAACCUGUACCUGAUGCUCAUGUACCUGUAUUGAAAUUUAAGUUCCGUGGGAUAUCAAUUGACCUUCUCUAUGCUAGCAUCUCUCUUUCAGUGAUACCAGCGCGCCUCCAGCCCUUCACUCACCCUCCAGCUGCCUCCCCUCCUCUCCUACCCGCCAGCAUCCGCCAGCCCCUCCUCUCCAACUGCCAGCCGCCACCAGCAGAUUUCGAUAUUUCUCAAGGAUCUGUACUUUGUGAUGUUGACGAAGCAACUGUGCGAAGUCUUAAUGGUUGCAGAGUGGCGGAUCAGAUUCUUCGGCUUGUUCCAAAUGUUGAGAAUUUCCGGACAACACUCAGAUGCUUGAAGUACUGGGCAAAGAGAAGGGGUGUUUAUUCUAACAUUACUGGUUUCCUUGGGGGUGUGAACUGGGCUCUGCUGGUUGCUCGUGUAUGCCAACUCUAUCCUAAUGCUGUGCCAAGUAUGCUGGUUUCUAGGUUCUUCAGAGUUUUUACUCAGUGGCAAUGGCCAAAUCCAGUGAUGCUAUGUGCGAUUGAGAAUAAUGAUCUUGGUUUUUCUAUAUGGGAUCCACGCAAAAAUCCACGUGACAGAAACCAUCUCAUGCCCAUCAUCACUCCAGCCUACCCAUGCAUGAACUCUAGUUACAAUGUUUCAACCAGCACACUGAGGGUUAUAAUGGAGCAAUUUCAAUUUGGCAACAAAGUUUGUCAGGAAAUUGAACUUAAUAAGGCCAAUUGGAAUGCCUUAUUUGAGCCUUUCCAUUUUUUUGAGGCAUACAGAAAGUUUCUAGUGGUUGACAUAGUUGCAGAGGAUGACGAUGAUCUUCGUCUUUGGAAGGGAUGGAUCGAGUCUCGUUUGAGACAACUUACUUUAAAGAUUGAGCGGGAUACUAAAGGAAUUUUGCAGUGCCAUCCGUACCCAUGCGAGUAUUCAGAUCCCACAAUAGAGUGUGCACAUUGUGCCUUCUACAUGGGCUUAUCAAGGAAAGAGGGGUUGAAAAAACGUGGUCAACAGUUUGAUAUCCGUGGGACAGUAGAUGAAUUUAUGCGUGAAAUUGGCAUGUAUUCAUUGUGGAAGCCUGGGAUGGAUCUGGCUGUCACCCAUGUUCAUAGGGAGCAGGUCCCAUCUUAUGUAUUUGAGCAAGGAUACAAGAAACCCUGCCCUACAAUGCAUGCAAACCAACAAGAGCAGUCUGAUGGAGAUGGAACAUUUAGCCCAUAUCUGGAGAGUCAGCUUAAGAGAAAGUACAUUUCCGAUGGAGAUGGUCAUGUGGAUCUUUGCAAAUCUGUAAAAAGGGCUUCAGUAAGCCCACCUGGUGUGGGAACCCCACCUCAUCUUGGAAAUAGUGUCAGUAACGUUGUUUGUGACAGUCCAGUCAAAUUCGUUUCAAGUGUCGUUUGCAGCGGAGCGCAUGCUUCCUCAUCACAUGAUGAUAUAAAUAUAGAACAAGCACAAUUAACUACUUCACCAUAUGGAUCUGAGGAUACCUCAGCAUCAGGUACAAGCUGUGCAGCAGUGGGAGCAGUUAUUUUGGCUGAUGAAUCCAGCAAGCUCGGUAACUUGACAUCAGAUCUUGAAGUUGAUACAAUUCAGACAAUGCCACUGCACACAUCUUUAGAAUGCGUCGCUCAAAAGGGUGAAACAAAGCUUGAGGAAAUCAGAAGGUUGGCGAGCAACAAUUGUGCUGAGUUUCUAGAGAGCUAAGUUCUUGCUGACAAGGUACACUUAGACUUAGGUGGGCAUGAAGUGAAUUGAAACAUCAUUCCAGACAAGGUUUUUCUUCCUAUACUUCUUGUCAAAUUAAGAUUGUAGUUUGAUAUGAUCUGAACUCUAUGCCUGCCUUUCUAUUCUUUUCAUUGAUUAACUGUUUGGAUCCAUUAAAAGUCAAUGAAACAUGUGGUUCGAAGCGGUUUCGAAAGGUGAUGCAGGGGUGAAGUUUGCAUAGCAUCGAUAGGCCGGAAAUCGGAUUUGAGGACCCAAUGAUAUGCCGCUGCAUGGAAAGUUUCAUCAUUUCAUGCCUGUGGUCGGUUUGCUCGUGAAGAUUGCUUUUGUUCGCUGUGGAAGCGGGUGCAAGUAUUACACAGCAGCAAUAUCGGGACUGUUGUGAAGGAUGAAGUUGAGAGUCAACAUCUGAGAACCAUGGAGCUCACCAUACGCCACAAAGGAACUAAGCUGCUGGUUUAGGCAUGGUUAAGAGAGUCAGUGCUGGUCCUUUAGGUUAAAUAAAAACUUUGCGGGGCUGCACGGUGUGCAGAAAAGGUUGAGUCUAGGGCACUAGGCUGAUGGUCUAUGUAUGUGAUGUACGCAGAUAGGCAGAUACCUAUGCGUUCAAAGUAGCGCAUCAAAUUUUGGCCCCAUUAUUUUCACUGCAGUAUCAUGAUGUGAUGUUGAUAGUAGAGAUAGAGCAAGUAUGAUACUCCCUCCGUCCAAAAGUUUGUCGUUCUUGCUUUUUAAGGAGUCAAACAUCUUGAACUUUGACCAUAUUUAUAUAAAAAUAUUAUUAUUUAUA